UUCGUCACUUGAGCGGUUGAGGCACUGAAGCCAAGCAACUCUCCAGUGGAUCAAAGCCCAAUUAAUAAAGUCAAGAAAUCCAUUGGACUGUGAAUUCAAGGUAAUAAUCUCUAAUCCAUCGAUGGCGAGCAGUAGCAGCAGCAAUGGAGAAACGGCGGAUCUAGAGACAAUGGCAGAGGUCAGCAAAACCCUAAAAGAAGGGGAGAGAAUCCUCGCGCCCACCCGCAGACCUGAUGGUACCCUCCGCAGGCCCAUUCGGAUUCGGGCUGGUUACGUUCCCCAAGAUGAGGUCGCCAUCUACCAAUCCAAAGGUGCCCUGUGGAAAAAGGAAAUGGCUGUUGCGCAGCAAGUUCUUCCGGGUUAUGAUCCAGCGCCAGAUGCAAAACCAAAGACCAAGUCGGUAAAGAGAAAUGAAAGAAAGAAGGAGAAGCGACUACAGGCGUCUCUUGACAAGAGUAAGAAAGUCGAAGCCGUGGUAGAAGAGGAGUUGAUGAAGGAAGUGCAACCUGCGGAAGAUCCAAUUCAUGGGUCAGAUUCCCUCAAAUCUUUGGCAUCACAGAUGAAUGAGCUAGCUGUUUCUUCUAAUACUGCUACAGAUACCCCUCUCUCAAGCUUGACAAAGGCUUCAGACCAAGGGGCUCCUCCUCGAGAUAUUGAUAAAAAAAUUCGGGCACUGAAAAAGAAGAUUCGACUCGCAGAAUCUCAGCAGCCGAACACUGCACAGCAAGAUAUGAGACCAGAGCAAUUGGAAAAGUUAGUGAGAUUGGAAGGUUGGCGCGAGGAUCUGAGGCUUUUGGAAUGUAAAAAGGCUGAACAGGCAGCUCAAUGAAAUGGGGUUGUUAAAUGUAUUGAACUGUGUAGGUGGCAUUAGCUUAAUCUUGGUCGAGAACAAUGCUCCAUGAACAAAAUUUAUCUAUGUCGAUUUUGUUCUGGAAAUGGUUAACGAGUUGCAUAUGAACAUUGGAGGUUCUGCACCGUUGCUGGUUAACAAAUUAAGCACGGUUCCAUGUCUUCAUUUGAGUUACCUGCACAAGUAUCAAACAGUUUCUCGCA